AUGACUGGAAUGACGCAGGUCGAUGUGGCAGAGCAUGCGGAGCAAGAGACCUUCAACAUCGAGAAAGCUUUGGAGUCCUUCCUCGCCGACGUGAGCUGCCAGGAGCUGCGGCUGCCGCCUUUGGAUCCCGAGCAGCGCAAGCAGGCCAAGAAGCUGGCGGAGAAGUAUCCGGAGAUGAAGUGCGAAAGCUACGGUUUUGGUGAGGAACGCAGAUUGCAUCUGUUCAAGACCGCGGCAACAUUGAAAGCCGGCCUGGCAAAGGAAGGUCCCAAAGAGCUGCAGCAGGCAGAGUGUGCUUCGGAUCAUUCCACUGCCGUUUCAGGAGCUGCCUCGCCGGAAAAGACAGAGGGCAUUUCUGGUGGCGCCUUAUUUGAAGAAGUUGCGGCACUACUGUCAAAUCUCUACCAGGUGCGGAACACUUUCAUCCACAUCGAGGAGAAGGGUUUCGUGGAUCAGCGCAACAUCCAGUCUAUGCCUCAUGGAAUGUUUCGGCAGUGCUUGCAGGAGGAAGCUGCCCAGAUCCCACAAGACGGUCACGCAGGCCCCGCGACUCCUGCUGCCGAACCUGCCAAUGCAUGGAUUCCAGAGGUUCCGGAGAUCACCAAGACCAAGGACUUCGCUCCUGGUACAGAGGUAAUCAUUGAAGGACUGCAGAAAUUCCCUGCUUUCAACGGCCUUCGCGGCACGAUUCAGCUGCUGGACAAAACCACAGGUCGCUACAAUGUGCAACUUGCCUCUUCUGAUGGGCCCAUGGACCAGAUCGCCAAGAUCAAGGGCGACAACCUUCGAAUGUUGGCGCCACCUCCGCCAAGCGCUACGCCAGAGACCCCGUCCAAGAUGCACGCGAGGGCACCGGACUUCGUCCCGAUGCAGCAGUGCGUGAGAAUGCCGAACGUGCAGCCCAACCUUCAGAUGAACGCACAGCACCUGCAGCCGAACGUUCAGCCAAACCCAACGUGGCAGGAGCCCGCCCUGACGAUUCAGCAGAGCUACGCCGCAGCCCGAGGCGUUUCCCUUCAGAUCCGUCCCAGUACUACACAUACCAGUGCGCACCGAAGAUUGCAGCCCGCUGACUUCGCUCUGGGAAGUUUGCGGAUGACCCUGGAAGUUACCGUGAAGUUCGUAAAGGCCGAGACAUCCAGCGACUCGCAUGAGUCUGACUCAGACCAUUUCCACGAGGACGGAGAUCCUGAGCCUGCCAGCGGAAAGAAGCAGAGGAGAAGACAAGUGCACCGCAUCCUGGACAGAGAAGGCGUGGAGUUCCAAAGCCAGGGCGUCUUCCACGUUGUUCAGACGAGGAGAACUUGCACAAUUUUCCUCCUAGACUUCUUUCACACAGUCAUUCAUCUACCCUUUCCGGGGCUCUUCGUGGUGACGUUGACUGUGUACUUUGCAUGCUUCGCCUUCUUUGCUCUGUUCUGGAUUUGGUUCAGCGAUGUUUGCGCUAUCGGCCUCGACUUCUACAGAGAUGCUUUUUAUCUGUCAGUGGAAACGCAGAUGACAAUCGGCUAUGGCGUUCCAGACCCUAACUUCGGCGACUGCUGGGAAGCAGCGGUCCUCAUCGUGGUUCAGACGGUGGUUGGGUUGAUGCUGGAUGCCACUGUCAUCGGGGUGGUCUUCCAAAAGCUGGCCAAUGCGAAUGCCCGUGCAAAUACAGUGAUCUUCAGUGACACUGCAUUGCUAGAGGUGGAGGAGGGUUGUGCAUAUCUUCGCUUUCGCGUGGCCGACAUGUCUUGGCGACCAUUGUCACAGGCGACAAUGCAAGUGUAUUGCGUGCAGCAUCAUCGAGAUGAAAGCCAGCCGCGUGGAAUCCGCGUGGAGCUUGCCGCCGUGCAUCUUGAAGAGCCCGACACCGAUAUCCACAACGGCAUCAUAUUCCUAGGCCUGCCUGCCAUGGUCUCCCACAAAAUCAAUUACGAGAGCCCGCUGUCGCCAGAUGUGCCUGCUGGCACGACCGGCAGUCCGACUCCGAAUGACGUUCGGAAGUACCUGAUUGAGUCGCCCUAUUUGGAAGUUCUGGUGUUGCUGAGUGGCACGGAGGAAUCCACAGGAGCCAUCGUAGAAGCGCGACAUUCCUACACCCUGGAUGACAUGUUCUGGAACAGAGCAUUUGGAACGUGCGUUUCCAUCAGCAGUGAAGGUUCCAUGCUGAAGGCAGCCAUGGCGCGCUUCCCAGGAGAUGUUGCGGGCCCAAAGGCCGUCGUGGGAGCCUGGAGCGUGCCCAAUUUUGGCAAGGGAGAUGAGAACCAGGAUGCUUUCGUGACCUCUUGCAGCGAAAAUGGGACCAAAUGCUUCGUGGGUGUUUUCGACGGACACGGAGAUCAGGGAAAGCGCAUGUCCCACUUUGCAAAGCAGGCUCUCAGCAAGAGCCUCUUCAGCAAUACAGAUCUCCAUACCGAGCCCGUGGCGGCGAUACAGGCCGCGUUUCGAGACACCCAGGAGAAGAUUGAGAAAGAGCAUCGUCAUCAAGCAGAGCUGUCUGGGACGACGGCCAUCACAGCUUACCAGCACCGCAAUCGUUUGGUAGUUGCGAAUGUGGGGGACUCGCGGGCUGUGCUGGGUCGAUGCAGCACCCCUGCGCGGCAGACUGUGUCUGCUGUGGACCUUUCCAAUGACCAGAAACCGGCUCGUCCAGACGAGCGCCAACGAAUCCUGGCUGCUGGUGGGACUGUAGAUCAGAUGGCCAUCCCGAUUGUCCAGCGUGGCGGCGUGAGAUGGAUACGCGCAGGUCCAGAACGUGUCAUGGACAAGCAAGGCAUGGGCGGCUUGGCGAUGUCUCGCUCCCUUGGCGACUUGAGGCUCCACCCAUAUGUCAGCUCACAACCGGAGGUCGUCGAGCGAAAGCUGGACAGCAGGGACAAGGUACUCGUACUUGCUUCUGAUGGUGUUUGGGAUCACGUGACCUCCCAAGAGGCCGUCGAGAUCGCGGGCAGAGUUGACGAUCCCAAGGCCGCAGCGCGCGAAAUCACAGGAAUUGCCCGCCAGCGGUGGCAGAUCGCCACUGAUGGCCAGAUGUCGGACGACAUCACAGCAGUUGUAGUUCGCCUUAACGCUGAUUCCCAGGCGGCGUCGCAGGCAAUGGCUGCCGGCCCUGUGCCAAAAGAGAGCCAGACGGCGCAGAUGCGGAGGACCAGCGUGCUUACCUCGCUGUUUGGAGGUGGCCCUCGACGUGGGGCGCGAUUGGAGGUCAACGGACGACUCCAGGACUCCAAGAAACCAUCUUCGCCGACAUUCCCUAUGCCGCAACAUGGUUUAAGGCUUCCAGAGUGUGGUCCACGCGGUCCCGGGGGCAAGCCUCGCUCCAUCACGGCAUCAGGCCGCCGUUCCGAGGCAGCUGCUGGCUUGAGGGCCAGGCCCGUUUCAACAGGGCAGGCGCCCGGUAACCCGCGAAUGGCCUUGGAUUCGCUUCCGCCUGCUGGACAGCGAAACGGUGUACUCUGA